CUGGGGUCGCUAUGCCAUCUUGUAUCUUGUGUGGCCUGAGCUCAAGCCAUCAGUCUGGGAUGACAAGAGACAUUCAGUUAUCGGUUGGGGUCGCUAUGCCAUUUCAUAUCAUGUGUGUGUCAUUAGGUCCGGCCAUCAGCCUGGGAUGACAAACGACAUUCAGUUAUCAGUUGGGGUCGCUAUGCCAUCUUGUAUCAUGUGCGGCCUGAGGUCAGGCCAUCAGUCUGGGAUGACAAAAGACAUUCAGUUAUCAAUUGGGGUCGCUAUGCCAUCUUGUAUCAUGUGCGGCCUGAGCUCAAGCCAUCAGCCUGGGAUGACAAAAGACAUUCAGUUAUCAGUUGGGGUCGCUAUGCCAUCUUGUAUCAUGUGCGGGCUAAGGUCAAGCCAUCAGUCUGAGAUGACAAAAGACAUUCAGUUAUCAGUUGGGGUCGCUAUGCCAUCUUGUAUCAUGUGCGGCCUGAG